AUGACACAGGAUCAAUAUCCAACGUGCAAUGAGUUCCGCAGUGAUACUUUUACUGUUCCAACUCAAUCCAUGAUCGCAUCUUUAGCAUCCACUACAUUCGGAGAUUCGGUAUACAAGGAAGACGAGACUACUCUCGUCUUAGAGUCCAAAAUGUGUGAACUUACCGGAAAACCUGCCGCACUCUUCUGUGUCUCAGGUACGUUGUCUAAUCAAAUUGGGCUCCGUGCAAACUUGUACCAACCACCAUACUCCAUCCUCUGUGACCAUAGAGCACACGUUUUUUUACAUGAAGCCGGAGGACUUGCCACACUCUCUCAGGCUAUGGUCCAUCCAGUCAUCCCAGAAAAUGGAAAUUACUUGACAUUAGAAGAUAUUGUAGAGAACGUUACGCCAACCGAUGGUGACAUCCAUGCUGCACCAACUAAAAUAAUCUCUUUGGAAAAUACCUUGCAUGGAAUAAUAACUCCAAUAGAAGAGAUCGCCAGAAUUUCUAAAUUUGCAAAGGAAAACGGAAUCAUAAUGCAUUUAGAUGGUGCAAGAUUAUGGAAUGCAAGUGCUGAGACUGGCGUUUCGAUUAAGGAAUAUUGCUCACACUUUGACACAGUUUCGUUGUGCUUAUCCAAAUCAUUAGGAGCUCCAGUUGGAUCAAUUCUCGUAGGUGAAAAGAAAACGAUUGAAAAGGCAAAUCACUUUAAAAAGCAAAAUGGUGGUGGAAUUAGACAAGCUGGUAUGUUAACUUCCAUGGCGAUCACAGCAAUCGAUGAGAAUUUUGGCAAAUUAAAGAAAUCUCAUGAAUUUGCCAAAGAAGUUGGUGACUUUUGCAUUUCAAAUGGAAUUGCCUUGGAAUCUCCAGUCGAUACUAACUUUGUAUUCAUAAACACCAAGAAAAUGAACAUGAACGAUUCAUUAUUGAUACGGCUCGGUACGAAAUAUGACAUCAAAGUUAUGGGAAAAAGAUUGGCCUUCCAUUUCCAGAAUGAUCAUGGAAGUGUUGAAAGACUCAAGAAGGUUAUUUUGGAGUGUUACCAAGACUCAAAGAUAAACCCAUAUAAAUGCAUUUCGUCGAAUAAAAAGAUGUACGUCAAGAAGGACUGA